UCGCGUCUCGUCUAGUCGUCGGGCUGGUAGGUGCUCAGCCUUGUUGUUUCCUCCCUCCCCUCUUCCUCGCCUUUUCCUCCGCCGGGGCCGGGAAGCUCCGACGAACCGCGCCGCUCGUCAAGUUGAUAUCAUCGCCGCACUGAACAUUUAUUGAUAAAGAAGUCAAAACUAAUUGCUGUUAUUCUCGGGGAGGUGUAUCGUCUCCUUGGAUUCUGGCAAAUAGAUCACCUCCACAAGGUUGGAAAAUAUGUCAACAAAGGCCUCUAACAUGUCAUACAGAUAUCCAGACAAUUCUCAAAUACCAUACUACAGCAGUUCAAUGCAUGUGGGUGGAAAUGGUGCUUGCUAUGUGCAACAAAAUCAUGAGGAUCAUCAGUACAUGUCCUCUGAUGGGGGGUCACAGAACAGCGAUUCAAAGUCUCAGGUGAUUCACCCACAGUACUGCACUCUAGAGUCUUCAUCAGCCAAUUGUGUUUAUGCUGCCCAUAGCUCUACAUCUCCUCAGUGCAUAAGUGGGAGCCACAUUUCUCUGCAUGAUAGCCACUCAGAUCACACAUAUGAUUCUCCUGCAAGUGGCAUCACUGAGGUUCCAGGUUUGGGGUUUACAAAUCUUCAGGAGCUAGCAGAUGCACUAUUUGGAUCUGAUUCAGAUGCAGUUAGUUCUGACAGAUCCCUAGUAAUUGGUGCCGCAAUGCACCAAAGUAACUGGAGAGAGCUUCUGGGAAUUAGCUCUGGGGACUUGAAGCAGGUAAUUGUAGCAUGUGGUAAGGCUGUUGAUGAGAAUAAUUGUCAUGAGGACUUGCUGAUAUCAGAGUUACAGAAGAUGGUUUCCGUGUCUGGAGAACCAAUCCAACGUCUGGGAGCGUAUAUGUUGGAAGGCCUUGUUGCGAGGCGUUAUUCUACUGGACAUGCGUUGUAUAAAUCUCUGAAGUGUAAGGAACCUCAACCUACAAAUUCAGAGCUCAUGUCCUACAUGCAUCUUCUCUAUGAUAUCUGUCCAUUCUUCAAAUUUGGUUACAUGUCUGCCAAUGGUGCUAUAGCCGAGGCUGUUAAGGGUGAGAACUUUAUUCACAUCAUUGAUUUCCAAAUUGCUCAAGGGAGCCAGUGGGUAACUAUGAUACAGGCCCUUGCUGCGAGGGCUAGCGGACCACCAUAUCUAAGAAUUACUGGUAUAGAUGAUUCAGAUUCGGCUUAUGCCCGAGGUGGUGGACUGGAUAUAGUUGGGCGUAGGUUAUGCAACAUUGCCCAGUCAUGUUGUCUGCCCUUUGAGUUCAAUGCUGUAAAUGCAGCUAGUCAUGAGGUUACACUUGAACAUCUCGAUAUAAGAAAGGGAGAGGCUAUUGCUGUCAACUUUGCAUAUCAGCUGCAUCAUACUCCUGAUGAGAGUGUCUGCAUAGAAAACCACCGGGAUAGGAUAUUGAGAAUGGUUAAGAGCCUUUCUCCUAGGGUGGUAACUCUUGUAGAGCAGGAGGCUAACACAAACACCGCCCCAUUCUUCAGUAGAUACAUGGAGACCCUUGACUACUACACAGCCAUGUUCGAGGCAAUAGAUGUUGCUUGCCCCAGGGAUGACAAGGUGAGGAUGAGCACGGAGCAGCACUGUGUUGCAAGAGAUAUUGUCAAUUUAAUUGCAUGUGAAGGUGCAGAAAGAGUGGAGAGGCACGAACCAUUUGGAAAGUGGCGGUCUAGGUUUGCAAUGGCUGGCUUUAGACCAUACCCACUAAGUGCAUUGGUGAACAAUACUAUCAGAGCACUGUUAAAUGGUUACAACAGCUACUACAAGCUAGAGGAGAAAGAUGGUGUCAUUUAUCUUGGAUGGAAGAACAGAAAGCUGGUUGUAUCUUCUGCAUGGCGGUGACAUUCUUGAAUAUGGAAGAAGCUUGUUUAGGUUCUUUCAUGGCUUUGUGUUCGGCACAUAAAUCCAAGGUGGAACCUAAUCAGCGAAUGUGAAUUCCAUAAUCCAAAGAACUGUGGCUGCUUGCUUCUUGGCGCCCAGCUGUCAACCCUCCCCUGCGCACACCAUUCAGAUUUGAUGGGUAUAACUGAAAUAGUAGUCGUGGCUUGGGUUGUAAUAUAGGUACAAACCAUGCUGCUGCUACCGUCUAGUGACUAUCCCGAGCUGGUGAACCACGUCCUGAAUCUUAAAGGGUGUCUUUAUGUUCCUUGUAGUUUCAUUUUUUCUCUCUGAUCUUUAUGCGAAAACUGGAGCUUAUGCUAGGCCAUGGUAGCUGGCACACAGUUGCCUGGUAGAUUGUGUAUGUUCGCAAGAAAAGAGUAGAUUGUGUAUGUACCAUUUGAUGGAUGCUUUAUUGUAUGUAUAUGUCACACAAACUGGGUGGCAACUUCUACUAAUAUAUUUCUGGUUUCUUUGUCGCAA